UAGCGAGGCUCUGGUGUGUGAUUGCCUUUUGGGUUUAUACACCGCCGAGUGGGUAGUUUUGGUCACCUGGAAAAGAGCUUGGUACUUCUCGAUCGAAUGCGAAAUCAAUUGUGGUGGCUUCACAUAAAUGAAAUCUCAAAAUGGGAGAGACAUGGACCGACAGCCACAGCUAGGAUCUGCCAGGAGGGCGAGAGAACAGGCUGGGCUAAGGGAGGGUCCUUCAAUUCGGAGGGUAGAGGCAGAGGACAAUGAGCCUCAGAUAGCCCAGCCCAUCAGGGCGCGAACAGCAGGAGCUGGGAUGCAACAGCAACAACAACAAUCGCGAACUCGACGGCGACCACCACCGGCAGGACUUCAGACAAGGGAAGGCGGGAUCGGAAUAGCCAUCUCUAGACCAAUUCCGGUGGUUCCACAAUGGCCAUUGGCAUCACAAACCGCAGUUCCUCUCACUGGGCAGGGGCAAGAUCCAUAUCGACCUCCAGUUGGAAAGUCACAACCACCAGUGCGGCCACCGCGACCGAGUAGAGUGCCUUCGAUUUUGGACAGCUCUAGAGUGCAGGACCCCACGCCAGUCUCAGGCUUUCAGUAUAGGGGACCACAGCAAGGUGGCAUGGACCAGCAGCAAGAGAUCCUGUCCACCGUCCCCGAGACGACCCCUUCCCUUUCCCGGUCAUCCACGCUUUCGUCGUUGGGGACCAUUCCCGACUUCCCGCUGCCCGGCCAAAUGCCUGCACCACCUCCACCUCCACGACGAAGCGUCAUUCUCGGACCACCGCCCUCAUCCAGACGCGGAGCGUCAUCCUUCUACUCAAAUGCCUCCUUGGUGUCGCCCAUCCCCGAAGAAAGCCCAGGAACACAAUCGAGAUCUCACACGUCCUUUGCGUCCAGCGCGGCAAUACCCGACAACUGGGGCACCGUUUCCCCGGGACUCAGCCCACAGUAUCCCUCUACUGACCACGAGGAGCACGUCAUGGGAAUCCACAACGACAAUGGAAAUGCACCCCCGGGAUACGAGGAGGAUGCCGAGGACAGUCGCCUGGUCAGGAACGCGAGUGUGGGGAAGAGGGCGAAGCCUACGUUGGUGGCGGCGACAAGUCCACGCGUUGGGAAAGGAGCAGGGGGAUGGGCCGGCGAGAAUCCAGGGACUGAUUCCGGUCCGGCGACUCCUGGUACGCCCUUCCGGGACCCCUUCGCAACGGGGACGGGUUAUAUCGAGAACUCCAGCUCGUCGAGUACAAAGACUCCGCAGAUCAAGACACCUAUCGGCUCGGCUAUCACGACAGAUGCGAUCUUGGAUGCGUAUAAUAGUGCCAGCUCGUAUGAUCCAACGUCGUCGUCGAAUGAGAGGAUGCCUGGAGGACGGACGUACAGUCGGUUUUCGGCCAUUAGGAGACCUCCGAACCUCGACAUGGAUGCUGUCCGCAAAGCUCAGGCCAGGGGAAGUUUGACGAGUCUUUCGGAGCUGAUACGGCGAGCAACUCGGCUGGAACAGAGUCUGGAGAACGGCAAAAGACCCGCGAGUAGGAUCGAGGACCAGCUGUAUGACGAGUUUGGGCACGAGAAGGACAUGUCUGCAGAAAACGAAAAACACCAAUCCGGCUUCUCCGACAUGCUCGCCGCCUUCCCACCUCCCGCCCAGCCGCGAAUCCCACCCCGCCGCUUCCGUGACUCCCUCCGAGACCAAAUCCAAUCCUGGCCUCUAGCUCUCACCCGCUCGCCCCACAACCACCGCGGCGACGGCAGCGACCAACCCCCUACCGAUCCCAGCAAUGGCGCCCAACGUGCCAACAAGAGACCCGGGCGACGCAUCUGCCGCCUGCCCGUCUGGGGCUUCAUUCUUCUCCUCUCAGCCAUUGUCCUCCUCACCGUUGCCGCCGUCGUCAUCCCUCUCGAAUUUCUUGUCCUGCAAAAACACAAGGGAAACGGGUCCGCCCAGCAACAGCUGCAACAAUGCCAGCAACAAGUGACGUGCGAAAACGGUGGGACCAACAUCGUCUCUCAGGGCUUCUGCUCCUGUAUCUGCCGGAACGGAUUUACAGGUUUCAAUUGCAACGCCACCGCCACGUCGGGGUGCAGCGCUAUGACUUGGCCCGGACUUGACGGGAACGGGGCCACGGUAGGGGCGGCCAUCCCGCGCUUGGUAGCCGAUGCGUAUCGAAAUUUCUCGAUCCCUCUUAGCGGGUCAGAAAUAGUGGCCAAGUUCAACGGGGAGGGUUUGUCCUGCGACGCGGAGAAUGCCCUGGUGACGUUCGAUAGCAGAGCGCUGAGGCAAGGGGAUGCGAGGAGUCAGGUGGUCAGUUUGGAUACGACUAAUGAUACCAAUGGAAACGGAAAUGGGGGCGCUGAUGUGAAUGCGGCUAAUGUUAUUGUGGAUGGAGUGGAAAUUACGACCAUUUCGAUUUUGGUCGGGCAGUUGACGACGAUCACGCUGCAGGCGCCGUUGCCGGCUACGUCGGUGCCGGCGGCUUCGACAAGUGCUGCUGGGGGAGGGAGUGAUGGAAGUGGAAGUGGUGGGAGUGGAGGAGGAUCGGGGAGCGGUGGUACCGACGGUUCUGGUAAUGGUGAUGGAGGAGAUGGCGGCGGCAACGCUGGCGGAAAUGGAUCUGGUGAUACCGCUACGGCUACUGCAGGAAGCGGCUCAGGCUCGGGAUCUGGUUCAGGAUCUGGUAGCGGAAGUGGUUCAGGCUCCGGUGAUGGCUCCAGCUUCACCACUAUAACUACAACGGGCACGACCUCCGCCAGCUCCACACGAACCAUUGCGACCACAAUGACCAUGGCCUCCCAGGCUCCCGGCGCCAACUUCGCCGUUACCGAAGAAAUCCUCGACUUUGCUAGGGUCGCAGUCCUCUACAUUCUGCAGGAGGAAGACCUCAACAGGGCCGAGGAAGCGCAGACGGCCAUCCAAAAGGUGUUCUCCCAAGUCAGCGCGGCGAUCAUCAACGCUGGAAACAAACCUGUCAGUCUGGAUACGGCGAAAAAUGUUACCGUGGGGAAUGGGAACUCGGUGGAUUUUGUAGGGUUCAGAGUUGAUGUUGGCAAUGGGUUGGUGGGGGGUGAAUCGCAUCCUACGAGGCUACGACGGGCAGAGGGGGUGUUGGGGUGGAACUUUUUGCAAUGAGGCAUGUUGUUCGAUCCUGUUGAAGGCAACGAUUGAAUAUUGGGUAACGCAGUCACCGAACGAACGAACGAACCCGUGACGAGAAAGACUGGGAAUUUUUGCACAUUCACACGCGCAUUCGAGCCACAUCUACUUUCUCUGACUCGAGCUCACAGGAGCAAAGAACGUUUGAAUAUCUGGUUCUUACGAAGCAAAAAAACUGUUAUUCUUUUUC